AUGGAUACACCAUCAUUCGAAUCCUUCCCUGAUCUGCCUGCUGAGCUUCGUCUGCAGAUAUGGGAAGAAGCUUGCCAUGAAGCCUGUCGUGAACGAGAGGCCAACCACCCCGGUGUUCAGUACACCAUAGUCCGAGAGAGCUCUCCAACACGUAUUCACCUAGUUCACCAACCCGUCCACCUCGAUGGGAAUGCGAGAUCAGGUACUAUGAGGGACGGUGGUCUUUGGCUAGCCUGCAAGGAGUCACGAGGCGCCAUCCAAGAACACUGGCCCAACGGGCCUGGUAGCGGAGGAAAGGUCCUUACUGGUGACGAAUGGUCCUACUACGUGCACCCCGGUCAUGAUAUCUUUUGCAUUCAAGACCCCGAAAAGAUCAAGCACGAUGAUGUCCAUUCGGCCCUUGACAUAUGCACAUGGGCCUCUCCAAGAACCAACUACUUUCAUAACAUCAAGAAUAUUGCCAUUGAAUUCGACCCUUCGUGGAUCAAAUGGUUACCAAGGACCUACAAGAAUAUGUCGGCAGAAAGCACUCCCCGCGGAUUUCUAGCGCGACUACUCCGCAGCCAGUACAUGAGUGACAACCAUCAAACAACAGUCUGGAUCGUCGACAACGAGAUGAAAUGGUCGCGACGUCCGAGCAGCUGCUACGGCACUGCACCUAUGCCCGACUAUAACAAGAAGUUUAUCAACUGCCACGAAAGCUACGUCGAAGCCUUCCCUAGCAAUACAUGCCACUACUGUUCAGAUAAGAGGAGUCUGGCUCUUCGAACCUUCUUGUUCAGUCUCAAUGUCCGUGGCGAGCAUUUCGAGACCGAGCACCCCAGCUACGUCCCCACCUAUGACGAUUUGAUAGACAGUGGUUUCGACGUCCCCUUCGAGAUCGCGGAGGAUAUUCGAGUUCUCGCCCUUGCAUGCAACGAAGUCGAAUUUUGUAGAAAAGAUCAUCGCCAAGAUCGUCCCACGUGGAGGGAUUGCGUGUAA